AUGUCAUCAAACGAAAUGGCCUGUGAUAAGUGCGCUAAGCCAACAAGCAACACGGAUAGCAUCAUUUGCCAAGGCCUAUGCAGUUUAGCUUUCCACUUGAAAUGCGCUGGGUUGCUUUCAUCGCACCUAAAAUCUAAGGCCGACAACAGAAAUUUGCUAUGGGUUUGCGACGAGUGUUGCGAACUACUGAAGCACUCUUUCUUUCGUCGCUCUUUGGCUUGCUACGAGUUACUGAUAGCAGACCUUCGAAAAAGUCAAGCUUCCUUGGUAUCGGAGCUGAAAUUGGAAUUAGCCGCGACGAAUUCAAAGCUGGAUAAAUGUUUGAAAGCGCAGACCAACAACAACCCUGCCCCCCGUAUCACUUCCCCUUGGCCCAACGUUCCAACUCCAACGAAUAAGAGACGACGAGUCGAGAAUCUGACUCUGGCACCUUGUGUGGGUACAAAAAAGGCCACCGUGAAAACUAUUGCAACGGUCGCUCCUCCCGAAAAAAAAUUCUGGGUUUAUCUGGCGAGACUACAAAACAAUGUCACAGCUAAAGACAUCGAAGAGCUUGCCAUGGAAUGUCUUCAAUGCGAUUCUGCCGAGGUUCAUCUCCUGGUUCGCAAGGAUGUUAACGUCUCGACGCUUAGGUCCAUUUCAUUCAAAGUUGGUGUGGAUCCUAAGCUCAAGGACGCGGCACUUUCCCCGAGGACUUGGCCUGCAGGGGUUCUAUUCCGGGAAUUUGAGGAUAUGGGAACAAAAAACUCGAUAACACCAGCUGUCACGCUGCCACCCAGAUCGUCGAUGAGGUCAACUCCAGGUGGUUCGACAACUCCAGUCACGCCGCUUCAUUGA